AGUUUCAUCUUCUUUUUUUUUACUAUUUAGUAAUCAUGUUUGAGUUAAAUGUUUAGACGUCAGAAUCAAGCAUCGACAGCGAGUAUUUUGGACUGGAAAGAAAAAUAGCGCUUCUUUAUGUCAAGUUAAAGUUGACACGGAACAAAACGUCAAACAAAUGUGCCGCAGACAUGUGGUUCAAAAUCCAUUCUAACAGACAUGUGGUUUUAUUUACGUAAAAUAAUAAAUCUUUAUUUAGGAUAUAAAUAGCCAAUAAAGAAACAAUCAAAAUGAAGAUCAAACCCGUGAAACAUAAAACAACCAACACCUUUCGGUUCGUUCCUUUCGCUGAACGGAUCAACUCUAUAGACAUUCGACAUGCAGCCCUUUAUCACAUAGAGCACGCGUACACUGAGCAACCUGAAGAAAAUGAGACUCACUUCCAUCUCGCCUUAAGGAAAUGGCAUGGACUAAACUUAACACUAAACUUCAAAAAGUUUAAGAAAGAAGUCUUUGGAAUUAUAACAGUUCCACAGUUGGUCCAUAGAAAGGACGACGUGGUAGAAAUAUUAGAAAAAUAUCUAAAUUUAGAAGACCAGUUGUGCUUACAACCUUUACUGGAAAUUCUGGUGUCACUUGCCAAAGACCUGAGAGAUGACUUCUAUCCAUACUUCCCAAGAUUUCUGGACAUUUUAAUAAGACUGCUGAAAACAAAAGAUGCAGAAAGGCUUGAGUGGACACUUGUCUGCCUUGCGUUUCUUUUCAAGAUCCUUAAACCAUACCUCAAGAAAGAUAUAGCAGUAGUACUGAAGAGGAUAAUUCCGCUGCUGAGUGAAUCACAGCCGCAGUAUAUCAAUAAUUUUGCAGCGGAGAGCUUUGCAUUUGUGGCUCGGGAUAUACGAGACAAGAAGAAGUUCAUUGAACUUAUAUUGAAUUAUCUGCAGACAAAUGAUGAUGCAAUAUCAGGGUGUGGCCACCUCAUAUUUGAAAUCAUUAAAGGUGUACCUGGAAAGUUCCACAGCUGUGUUGAAACCUUCAUUCCACUGCUCUUACAACAUUUGAAAGAACACAGACCACACCAGGAAAUACUCUUCAAGCUCCUCACACAAACAUUCGAGGACAGCUUGCAGACAAUCAAUUAUAAAGAGUUCUCUAUAUUCUGGAUAAGUAUUCUGAAAUACACAGAAGAGCUACUUAAAGAUGAACAUAACCGAGGACUUGAAUUUAUUCUGAGACUUGCUGGUCAAGUAAUAGAACAUCAGAAAGGAAAAUACCUGAUAAAUCCUCCACAGUUUGUUCUCCUGCUGAUCAAAGUUAUUUGUGAGCAAUCAGCUGAAAAUGUUCUUCAAGUUUGUGCUCAAAUAGGAGCUUUGUUACUUCUAUCUCCAAAUGCGUCAUUAUCUCAAGAACACGCUGGGAUCAUAGUCAAAGUACUACUACCAUUGCCAUACCCGAACAUUCUUAUAAAUUUUGUGCAGAAUGUCAUUGACUAUACCCAAUUUGACAUGCAUAUAUUGCCACCUUUUUUGAAGUAUCUCAUGCAAACUGAUUUUGACAAAGAUGCAAUGAGCACACUUAGUAAAAUAUGUCUCAGAAAAUCACCACUCUCCAUGAAUGGUAUAAAGCUUUUUGAGUGGGUUAAGUAUCCCCUUGAUUUUGGGCCAAGCCUCCCUAUGUUUAUGGAGCACUUCUCAAGUAUAAUUAAUGAUGACAUUAACAGUAUUAUUGAUAACCCACUAAAACUCAUGAAUGUCCUGUUCUGCCUGCCACACAUUGAGAAAAUAGACAUUGAUAGUUGUGUGACUGCAUUGAGACAACUUAUAUCCAAACUGGUUAACAUAUUAACAAGUUACAACCUGGAAAACCAGUCAGGUGGUAAUAAAUACCACUGCAGCACUACAGAACUAUCUAAAAGCGCAAGAAAAGUCCUAUUCAUACUCGCAAAUGCAAUGGAAAGUGCUAUUCACAUUUCCAGCUGUAGAAAUUUGAAAGCAAUUUGUGACAUAGAUACACUAUUGCCUGUGAUAUUGCCAUAUGCUGCAGAUCCUAACUACUUAGUGGCAUUACAUUUGACAGAUUUGUACCUGACAGCAUGUGAGCAAGACAACAGUCUGUCUUCUCCUGUACUGGCACUGAUUGAUUCUUAUCUCAAUGGCAAUGUUUCUUCGCCAUUUCAUGUGGUUCGCCUGUUAACAACACAUAUUUACAAACUCUUUGAGAACACGGAACCACUAAACAAGACUGCUAAAGUGGGAGGCACUACUGAAAAAUUAUCAGUAUUCAGCAUGUGUUACUCUGUGGAAUCUACAGUUCCCUCCAUCCAAGAAUAUAGAGCCCAACAAAACACACUACAAAAGAUAGUGUUCAAUACUACACAGUAUGCCUUAAUAAAAGAUACAGAUUUCCGCCUAUAUCCCUUAACCUAUAUGUUUGGGGUGUUGUACAUGAAUUUUAAAUUAUUAUGGGAGCCAGUCAUCGAAUUCAUUGCCAGCUAUGGGAAUUCUCUUGCUACUGACGAGUUUUGGCCGAUUUUCCACAAAAUUCUUACAACCGCUUUUGACAAUGCCAAAAAGGACUUAAAGCAAUUUAAGUUUGAUGACGAAUUCGAAUGUGACUUUGAUCUGUUGAAAGAACUCUAUGCAGAACAUAAUAACAUCUCAGAACGACCCGAUGUUUUUAAUUACAGAGACCUGUUAUUGAAAGUGAUGACCAACUGUAUUCAGGUGUGUGAAGCAAAAAACAGAGAUGUAGUAGUAUUGUUUUUGAACUUUAUCGAAGAAGAAUAUAAGAGAACUGACAAAGCGAAUGCCCUUAAAAUAGACGUAGAAAGCCGAAAUAAUGCCAUGGAUGUUGAUGAUGAUAAAACGCAUGAAGAAAAUGCUAAUGAUGCUAAUCUAGAAGACAUUACGGAUAUUGUUGAAGAUGUCAAUGAAACUGUUUCAGGAAAAGUAACAUUUAAAACCCUUAUCAAUGUAAUGCAAGUUUUAGCACAGUUUAAAAACCCAAGAGCACUUCAUAAAGAGCCAGUAUUCUGGGAACUUUACAUGGAAUUUCUAAAACAUAAAAACGCCGGUCUACAGAAGUUUGCGUUAGAUUGUGUCAUAAACUACAAAAACAAAAGCAUAGUUGCGUAUAAAAGUAAUCUGUACAAUUUAGUCGAUGACAAAAAGUUUAAAGAUGAAUUAACUUUAUUCAAAAUUACUGAAGACGCGCAAAAUAUUCACGCUGAUGACAGAGAACAUGUUAUUCCAAUCAUUCUGAGAAUUCUUUACGGGAAGAUGACGUCUAAAAUGGCGACGGAUAAAAAAGGGGGUGGUCAAACUAGAAGAUCUCUAAUCAUGAGAUAUGUGGCUGGUUGCAAUGAGAAAGAACUGAAAAUGUUCGUUGAAAUGGCAUUCUCUCAUGUAAAGCAUUACAUCACAAUGCAACCUAAAGAAAUAUAUGAAAGCAUUGUCUCCACUUUGGACUUAAAAUCUGUAAUUAUUCCAGGAAAGUUGCAUAGCAUUCUGAAUUUGUUUGAAGUGGUUCGUGAAUAUUUCGGAGGAUACUUGAAGGAUGAAUUGCUAACAGAUUUAUUGAAGAUAUUUAUAUCUGUGUGUUCGACGGUGGGGGCUGUUCUGGCUCACGGGGACAAAGUACAUGUUGGUUAUUCUAAAGUAAUGAAAAACCUCAGAACAUUAGCCAUAGGCAUACUGACAAAGCUAUUUGACCAGUUUGAUAAGUAUACUUGGAGUUCGGAUGAGCUGAAUGUUUUAUUUGAGACUCUGAUCUGGCCUUUAAUGUCUAAAUUACACAUUGAAGGUAUCCAUACCCCAACUGCACUUUUGAAGCUUUUAAACACGUGGUGCCAAAAUCCAAGAUAUUACGUUUUGCUUGUGACAUGUCCAGAACGGGAUUCAUCUCUGAGUGCGUUACCAGAGAUAUUCAAACUUCUACUGGCGCCAAAAACUAGUCCCAUGGUCGUUAAUAUGAUUCUAGAUAUGGUUGAAAAGUUAUUGACCUUGACAGUAGAUGAGGAGGACAAGGACCUACCUGCUAUAGUGCCGUUUAACACUACCCCAGUACCGAAGCCUAGUACCGAAUUGUCGAUUGAGAUGAACUUCGGCAGCAAAAUUUUAAUACCACACAUUCCAAGCAUAUUGGAAGUUAUGAAAAGACGCAUCGCAAACUCAGCUAAGUCAAAUACUAUGAACAAAAGAGACUUGCUUAUACUUUCGCGGGUCACAGAACUGGUGUCUUCGCCAGAAUUGUGUGACGAACUUCUGAACCUCUUACUACCAAUACUUGUUAAGAAAGUGUGUAUGAAUAUGGCAGAAGAAAAUAUGGAGCAUGCAGUCAAUACCAUUAUCAACUUAUUAGGUCACAGCACAAAUCCUCAAACAUAUAUCAAGAAUAUCGCUGUACUUUUUAACAAAAUAACUCUAAUUGAUGUUAGGAAACUCCUACUUAAACUGCUGUCUUCAAUAGCAGAAACAGCUCCUAAAAACAAAGAAACUCUCAAUCGUAUCAGCAACGUAAUAUCCGAAAUGAACGCCUUCAACAAGCGAUGGAUCGAGCAGCCUGAUUUCGAUAGGAGACUGGAUGCAUACAAGACAAUUUACCAGUUGCUAGAUGACAAUCAAAUCGAUCUAGAUCUCGCUAUGCUUAUUGUUAACAACUGCUUCUAUUUCAUCCGGACUGAAAAGGAUAUAGGAUUGCGUGAUGGAGCCGCUCUAUGUUUAAAGAAGAUUCUUCCAAAAUUGCUUCUGAAAUAUUGGUCAGCCACUGAUGGUCAGUUUUUGGUUCGCGAUACUGUUUUAUCUUUAAUAUCAAACGGCAUCAGAGACUCAAAGAACGAAAUACUAAGGAAUGAAAGUAUAAACCUCCUUGGAGAACUAGCGAGGGAAUGUCCAAGCACCGACGUCGUUCUGUCAGACCUGGCCCAUUUGACCAAUAACGAGGACAGAGAAGUAGACUUCUUCGAUAACAUGUGCCAUUUACAAAUGCACAGGCGCGUUAGAGCGCUAAUGAAAUUCUGCAAAGUCGCCAAGAAAAUGACUAAAUGUCCUUCGCCAAGAACGCUUACCAAUUUCAUCUUACCAUUGGCUACGAUUUACAUUUGCGACGACAAAUAUACAGAUAAAAAUACCUUGAUAGACGCGUGUAUAGAAACAGUUUCUACUUGUUGUAGAUUACUUCCUUGGUAUCAUUAUGAGGUCAUACUAAAGUUGUAUCUGAAUAAAAUGCGUCACGCUUCAGAUCACCAGAAACAAUUGACUCGAUUGGUCGUCAGCAUUCUAGAUGCUUUCCACUUCGAUUUCUCGAAAGCGAAGAACAUCGAGUUGCCUAAAGCUUUGUUAGCUAAUAUUGACAAUAGGCCACCAAAAAAUAAGAAAGGAAAAGAGGACAAGAUUGUAAAUGGAGGUAAAACUAAUGAAAAGGAAGAGGUGAUGGAAGACGAUGAAGAAACUGAAGAAAAUGAUGAAAAAGAAGGUGAUGAAGCUGAAAAAACUACAGAAAAUUUAGAAGAGUCGCAUAUAGAUAUAGAUUCAGAAUUAAAAGCGGCUGAAGAGGAAGCCGAAACUGAAGAGCCAGUGAGUAAAGAGGUCACAACCGUGCCGGCUUUUGAGAGGGUCACGCAAGUCCCACCGUCUCUGGCGAAGAGAAUUAUCAAGUCUUUGUCAGCAGGGUUGCUUCCACAGCUCAAUCGGGCCAUCGGCAAGCUGACAGAGCACGAAGAGUCCCACAAAGUGAACCGCCGGCGUUUGGGCCUGGAGCGACAAGCGGAAGACAUGCUGCGAGUGCCAAUCGCCUUGGCUUUAGUUAAGCUGCUGCAGCGGCUGCCUGGCGAUGUGCUGCGACAUCACCUGCCUGGCAUCAUCAUAAAACUCUGUUCAUUCCUGAAAUCGCCACUGAAACAAGUGCGAAUCACAGCUCGUGACAUCGUCAAGAAAAUCAUGGUCACCAUCGGAACUGCCUACAUAGGCAUCCUGCUCGAACACCUCACUCUACUCCUCACGAGAGGAUUCCAAGUCCAUGUAUUAGUAGCCACUAUACAUUCCGUCUUAGAUGCUUUGAAAACAGAUUUCAAACCUGGAGAACUGAACGAGAAUUUAGAUUAUAUUCUAGAUGUUUGUACUAAUGAUCUGUUUGGAGCAUUAUCUGAAGAAAAAGAGGUUGAUAAACUACAUUAUAAAACCCCAGAAGCUAAACCUAGUAAAAAGAGUUAUGUGACUUUGAUGAUAGUAUCGCAAAACAUAACAGAAUCAUGCCUUAUCAACUUACUUCUACCUUUCAAAGAGGUUCUACAAAAGCACCAAUCGAAGAAAAUCGUUACAAAAGUGCAAGAAGCUCUAACACACAUAACCAGUGGUCUAGUAACAAACAAAUUUAUAGAUAUCGAAUCACUAUUCAUAUUUUUACACGGCAUAGCGUCAGAAAGCAUACCUGAAUUCGUACUCGGUGCACCUAAAAGGGAAAUAACACGGAAGCAAAAAGAAAAGCUGCUUAUAGCUAAGCCUGAUUGUUUUAUAAUCCCAGAAACGCCUAAAAGAAAUAAGGAAGUGCAAGCGAAACAUGUGAAGGUAUCGGCGAAAGCGAACGCUCACGUCUUAGUUGAAUUCAGUUUGAACAUUCUAUACGUGAUUCUUAAAAGAGAGAAGGUAACAAGAGUGGAAUGCAGGGCGUUCGUGGAUCCUUUGAUACCGCUCCUAGUAGAUGCAUUGAAGAGCGACCAUGUCAAAGUAACUACUGUUGCUUUGAAGUGUAUUGGAACGUUAUGGACCAUAAGGGUCAGUACGCCGACUCUCGAAGAAAUGGUCAAAGAUAUUGUGAAGACGAUGUUCCUAAUUUUACAUAAAUACGCGACGUUUGAAAUUAGCAAACAGAACGAUAAUUACCAUUUAGUUAGGAAUGCAUUUAAGGCAAUCACAGUCCUCAUCCGAAACGUAAAGUACUACACCAUGGAAGCCGACCAACUGAAAACGCUGUUGCUGUACGCCGAGGAGGAUUGCCAGAACGACGAGAAACAAACCAGCUCGUUCUCAUUACUGAAGGCUAUUUUAGAGGCUAAACUCGUUUCCACAGAGCUUCACGAGGUCAUGGAGAAAGUAUCCAAGAUAUGCAUCUUGAGCGAAUCAGCGAGAUCGAGAGACGAAGCUCGUGCUAUAUUCGUGAUGUACCUAACAAACUACUCGCCCGGCAAGCGGCUGGAGCGUCACAUCCAGUUCUUCGUGUCGCAGCUCAAUUAUGAGCUACAGCAUGGCAGGGAGUCCUCGCUCAAGUUCCUGGAGAUGAUCAUCAGCAAGCUGCAAGUGGCCCAGCUCAGCAAGCAAGGCGACUACCUGCUGCUGGCGCUGGGCGCGAGCAUGCUCAACGACGCCGCGCCCGCGUGCCGCGCCGCCGCCGCCGCGUGCCUCGAGGCCCUGCUCGCGCGGCUCCCGGCGCUGGAGAGGAAUAAGCUGUUCGAUCUGAUCACCACGUUCUUUGAGGACACGCAGCCGGUACACUUCGAGCUCGCAGCCCAACUGAGCAUCCGCUUCGUCAACGUCGAGGGCGACGAAUUCAAAAAUCGACUCUCCACCAUAUUGCCCCUCGUCAGCAGCAAACUCCUCCUCCUGACCAACGACAUCGGCGCCGGACGGUUCGUCAAGAUACAACUAGAACACGCGGACGACAAGACUGACGAGGAAAAACAGAGGGAAAAGGACCACAGUCUGAUACAAAUGCUCAAUCUGAUCGAUAAGAUAACUGUCCAAUGCGAGUCUAGUUUGAAAAAUAAAAAAUAUAUAAAUGAAUACGAUGAAAUAGCACAGCAAUGUCAAGCGCUGCUGGCGUAUCCUCACGCAUGGGUCAGAUUAAGAGCAGCCAAAGUUAUACACCAAAUGUUGUUAUCCGUUGAUCCUCAAGAGUUAGAUGUGAUAGUUAGAAAGAAAGUUGAAAGUGAUAGAGGUUUUAUUUUUGAUAAUACUGAGGAGGCGUUGAGAAGUUUGGUGCUGGACUUGUGUGCGCAGUACACUGCUGGCGUUUCACAAGAAAUGGCUGAACAGGUCACAGCAGUGUUAUUCCAAAUGUUGAAGCUAGUGCACUCGCUGCCGAGCUGCAAGCUGCCGACCGAAGUGGCGGGCGAGGACGGCGCGGCGGGCGGCGGGAAGGUCAACAUUCGCUGGAUCCUGUUCAAGCUCAGGAAGGCUUGCAACGUGGAGGUCGCUAAGGCGCCCGGUUCCAUGAAUAUCCGCAUCUCAAUCUUCACCAUGCUGCUUCAUCUAAUCAGUUCCUUCGAAACCAGCGACAUACACUCUAUAGUGGACAUCCUUUUACCGCCUUUAGUUCGAGAAAUGUCCACCGGCGACCCGAUGGCGCCAGCGUCGCCCGUGAAGCAACUCGCCACGCGGGUCGGCAAGAAGUUAAGAAGGAGAAUAGGGGACAUUGAGUACAGCAAGCUGUUAGCUGAAGCUCAGACCAGGCUCAAUAUUAGGAGGGCGGAGCGGAAAAAGGUAUUGUUGCAAGAAAAAGUCAACAACCCCGAGAAGGCGGCUAAGAGGAAGCUUCAACUUAAAGAAAAGAAGAAACAGUCUAAGAAGAUGAAGCUAGAAAUGAUCCAGGGCAAGCGGCCGCGCCCCAAGAAGCGGAAAGCGGAGGACCUGGACAUCGAGGACGCACUGUUGGGAGAUGACUAGAAUGUUUAGGGAUAAUUUAUUCUAUAUAAUUGCUUAUUUAAGUUAUUUUACGUUAAUAUUCAUUGAAUAAACUGGUAUGUAAAGAGUAAAA